ACUCUCACCCAGUGCCGAUAUUCUGCUCGACGCGUGAUCGCACCGUGGCUGAACCCUGCCUCGCCGAGCGUAGCGCCAUCCCAUGAAGCUUGCUGCGCGACCCGCACCCUCCAAUCAGCAGUCGCGGUGUCUGUGGUAUACUUGCACACGCGUCUGCUUCGUACCUUUAUGGCCGUAAUCGCCCUUUUCUUGCCCUCUCUCCCCUCUCGUCCUUUUCCCUUCUGUCAGGGCUUCGGCCCGCCUCGCUUGUCCGCGCACUUCGCUGCCUUGGUUCAUCGCUUGCGAUCACUUACCAGCGUUUCAAGUGAUAGUGUCCACCCAACAGUCGCCCCAGCCGCUCAGCACACAGUCGUCGCGUACUACGCAUACAUAAUCGUCCUGUCUUCGGACCCACACCCACCUCUGCUGACAUGGCUGACGACACAAUCGCAAAUCCUGGCCUGACAUCGCGGCCUUCUGAGGGAGCUACCCCGACCGGUUCGAGCUCAUCUACAAGUGAGCUCGGUGCCUCAUCGGACCAAAGCUCGCCUACGGAUCAAGCUUCCAUCAAAGCCCCAUUGUCUCCCCCACGGCAGUCUGAGCAGGAAAAUACAGCCUCCGAUAGCUCUCCGUCCUCUCCAAGGGACCAAAAAUUACCCUUCUGGUCCACAGCUCCAAAGAAGCCAGACUUCGAAGACGAGGAGGAGUGGGAACGAUUCUUUGCGGCUUACAGAGCAGGUCGAUGGGCGGACUGGGCCAACGUUGCUGCUACCUCAGGAAAAGGUCCUGAGGCUGCGUUGCCAAUAGAGCCAGCACAAAAAUACGUGUAUGAUCAAGAGGGACACCUAAUGGAGCCUCGCGAAUUCUACCGUCGCCAUGGAUAUCUGGCCCCUCCCUCCGUCCCAUCUGCGCAGCGUCUGGCGCGCGAAUAUGCUGGCAUCUGGCACAGCUGCUCACUGCCCAGGCGCAAUAUGAAGCGGCACGCAGCUGAUCGCUAUGCAAGACACGCCAAGGCGGUGUUUAGAGCAGCGGCCGCAACAGUCACAGUGGCUUGCGCUCAGACGACCGAGCCAAAGAUCCUUUUCCUUGGUCAAGCAGGAUGGCUCGCGGAUAGCGUGAUUCAGGCAAGUCAGGCGCUUUGCGCUCAUGCCAUGCUGAGUCCACGUGCGGUCGUCUGCAUUCCGGACCUUGACGAGGAUUGGCGUACAGCUGGCCUGCAACCGAGGGAUUCCCGGGGCCAGCGGGUCAGAUUCUACGCUUCAGCUCCUUUGGUUUUGUCAACGCCUGAUGCGGAUGGACCUGCCAGUCAGCAAGUCUGUGGCGGUUUGAGCAAGGUAGAGCUAGGUCGGCUCACUAUUUUGGGAACUGAGCCACGCUCGGACUUCAGUGAGGACGACGCACGUCUAUUGCAAGACAUCGCAGAUAUGGUCAGCGAAGCUUUGGAGCACGAGGCAAAACAUUCUCAAGUCCAAAGAAUGAAGAAAAAUCAAAUCGCAAUCGCACAGCUUGCGCGCGACACAGCCGACGAUGUGGACGACAUGGACCGUGAUGACAUGCAGGAAGACCAGGAAAUGCUUGGACAUCAGCACUUCACAUCUUCAUCAGCUGCCAACAGGUCUGGCCACGUUCGACCGCGCAGGUUGCAGAAGGUGGCGAAUUUGGUCCGAUCCACUUUUGAAGCGAGCGCAGUGUACGCUAUUGAUGUCACGCCUGCUCGCAUCACCUCACAUCGAAGAUCCUCAACUCAUGGGGAGAGCCAAAUUUCUGGUCGUCCUGUCACAGACUCUCCCCACUCUGCCAGCAGCGCUACCUACCCACAAACGCCCUGGCUGCAUUCGUCAGGCUCCAGCGGCCCUCCGAUCACACCUCUUACACCUUCGUCGCAGGACGUGCACGCGCACUCCUUCUUCCCCGACGUAAGCUCUUCCUCUGUAGCAGCUGACAUCAACGCUGUGGCGGGUACUCCGCCCCUCUCUGCCCUCUCGCCAACGUUUUCCACCGGCUUCUCAACUCGUCGUCCAACACUGCGACACCAGGCAACUCAUUCUUCUUCUGCGAGCGGCAGCGGUCUUGGUUCGGGCUUCGUGCCAUCUAGCAGCAGCUCGACGAGUCACAGGCAGUCGUGGUCCGCAGCGACCGCCCAUCGGAUCUCGCAUGCCAGUCAAGGCAGUGACGCGUCGUCAGGAGAAUACUCUGGCCAUACAAGCGUCGAUGCAAGUAGCCAGACCAGCGAGCUAGAAUUCACUUGCUCUGUGGCCCCAGAUAGCACCUUUCAAUUCCUGGCACUGGCUGGCCGGCCCGAACGUGUGCACGAGCUAGACAUUGAGUCACAUGAAGCUCAAAAUGCGCUGUGUCAAUACAUGGCUAGCCGCAGAGAGCGCUCGGAUCUUGACAUCGACAUGCACUUCGGCGUCGUGCCGCUGCACGACGAUAUCGUUUACCCCAAUCAGGACGCCCUCUACUCGGAUGCGCUUGAGCCCUUGUGGGCUUCUUCGGGACGACAACCAGCCACCGCCCUGACAAUGCUGGUUUUUGAUCACGAUCGGCAACCCACCUACCUUAUCCUCGCUUGCUUCGACGAGCUGCGACUCUUCGACGCUGGCGAUCGGGGCUUCGGCCGCGCCUGCAUUGCUCUCUUGUACGCUUGCGUUCUGCGUGACAGCGCUCGCAUGACUUCCAAGCAAGAGUUGCAAUUUGUCAGAAGAGUGCAGCACGAGCUGAGGACGCCUUUGCAUGCGAUUUUGGGCAUCACAGACUUUUUGCGGGGCGUGGCAGCAAACGCGGGAGACGAGGGCACAGUGCAAGACUUGGAUCAUCAGAUGCUCUCUGACCUGCUGCAAGCUAUUCGCUUGGCGGGGACCAAUUUGUCAUCCAUCCUCGACGAUGUCCUCGAUUUGGGAGAGGUGUCAGGCGUGAAGACAAACACGAGCACUCGAAAUCGCUCCGCACAAGCCGAUGAGGUAAGCGCAAAACCAGCCCUGGAUACUCGUACAGAAGAGGUUUGUUUACGCAGUGAAGUGGAGGAAGCUGUGGAGAGCGAGCUCCAGAUGGUGGAGAUGAACAAUCGACAGGACACUCAGAUGGACCAGACAAGUCCCGCUAAGGGCCCGCCCAUCGUCAUCAUCGAUAUUGCAGAGUCACUCGGCAAGCGAUGGCGCAUCGACCGCGCACGCACGCUGAAGGUCAUCCGAAAGAUUGUCAACAACGCGGUGCGCUUCAACCGGACCGAAGGAGGUCUAGUCGAUGUGACGAUCACACCUCGACGUGAUGCUCCCAAACGCAGGCUGCAAAACGAAACGAUCCGAAAAGUUGACGCACUUGUCGACAGCGCAAGACCGGCUAGCAGCGAGGGAGAGGUCAUGGUCGACUUCGCCAUCGAAGAUACCGGCGUGGGUAUGACGAACUCGUUCUGUGCUCACGAUCUGGUGCGACCUUUCUCUAAACGCGAUGGGUUCUCGCGAGGCAUUGGCCUCGGUUUCACGAUUUCUUCCGCCUUGACUUCUCAAAUUGGCGGUUAUAUCGACGUCAAGAGCAAACUCGGGGUUGGCACAAUCGUGACCGCCACCUUGCCGCUGAUUCCCGUUCCAACAACGGAAGUCGCCUCUACAGCCGCCUUGCCUUACUGUGUUUCCAAAGUCUGGUUCGGCGGCUUCUCUGGCCAUGCCUUAGAGCGCGCACAGAGCUUCAUUCUGCGUCGACUGCAAACCGGCGGAAUACAGCUGGUUUCGCACAUGGAAGAAGCUGGAUUGUGGAUUUUGUCAGAAGGUGCCUCUCAAGCGUUCUGUGCGCUCCACGCCGGUACGGCUAGACAGCAGAAGCCGCGCGUCGCGGUGCUUGCCUCCAGUCCUACGGCGCCGACCAAUUUCACCGAGCACCUCAAAGCUCUUCAGGUCCCGGUGGCCGUCAUGCGAGCUCCUCUCUGUGGCACGCUGCUCGACCGACUGGAAAUCUUUUUGAGAGACAAGUCUCCCACUAUCAUUCGUGCACCCCAACCGCACCUGCCUCUGCAAGAGCACGCAGAGCUUUCCCAGAGGACCAAUGCUGUCCCGCCCUCCGUCGAGGGCGCCGUCGAGGGCGCGGCGGUCACUUCAAGCCCCCUCUCGGGUGCGACCGAGGUGGCUGCACAAUCCUCAGCGCCCGAAAGCGCUGUGAAGAGCGGCGGUCCUUCUACAUCUACUAGCCAAGAGGUCGCUAAACGGGCGGUAUCCUCGAAAGCGAUCUCGUCCUCUCCAGGCUCUGUGACUUUCUUGGAAUCUGCUCCUGUCGAUACCUUCGCUCGUCCCUCCUCGAACCCUUCGGUCGAUAUGAGCAGACCCGCAGCAUACCGCGUGCUGCUCGUUGAGGACAAUAGCGUCAACAUGAAACUCUUGACGACCAUCGUCAAACGACUCGGAUUACCCUACGAGGAAGCCCAUGACGGCGUCGAAGCUGUGGAGCGCUUCGUUGCAUUCGAGCCUCAGCUGGUGCUCCUUGACAUGUCAAUGCCGCGCAUGGAUGGCUUUGAGGCGGCGCUCCAUAUGAGAGCCCACGACCUGCAACCCCGCCCUCGCAUCGUCGCCAUCACUGCCCUGUCAUCUCCGGCAGAUCGCGCGCGGGGCUUGGAAUGCGGCUGCGACGAAUGGCGCACCAAGCCGCUCUCCAUUCGAGCCCUCAAGAUCGACCUGGAACGGUGGUGCGCCGAUCAUCAAAGCCUGAUGGCCUCUCAGAAAGCCGUGGACAGUCACCAGCCUGGCCAGCAAAGCGUCGCCGCAUGACUGUGCGCGGCGAGUGUCUGAGCCACUUUCUCUCCAAGACUCCGCCCCGACUCUGGUUUGCCCAAAUCUUUCCAGUCUCUUUGUGUCCCUUUUGCUCUGACCCACCUUGAUCCCUUCCUCGCCUCCGGCACCAGACCCAGACUUCUCGCCUUGUUCACAUAGUCACCCAUCAUUGCGUACGCAUCGUUGACCCGUAACCCAAUCUGAAGUAGCAGUAGCGCGACAUACACGCCGGCGCUACUACUACAGCCUACCCUUCUCUUUGCACACUUAAACGCAUUCGAUUCGAGAAUUGAAUGUGCUGAUUGCACAAUCAAAAGAAUUUGAUCCACAGCACG